AUGGGUUCAUUUUUUAUUUUCCUGCUUCUAUGUUUUGCUCCAACAUUUUCAAUAAAGCAAAUUGUGACUGAAGAAGCGUAUCCAAUAAAUGGAGUUUGUAAAGCGAAACAUUAUAAUAUAUCAGAUCCCAAGACUUGUCUGCAUUUGCUGGAAACAAAUUCAUCUUUUGAAAUAUCUUACUAUAAUUCAACCAGUUCUGAAUGUUGUCUAUCAAAUUAUCAAUAUAUUUUUGCAACAAAAAAAUCAGACAAUUGUGAUUUCACAAGUUUUCGAAUUGAUAUAAAUGAUACUUGUCCAGUUGUUGAAAAACCAUGGGCAUUAGAAACUAUGAAUCGAGCUGGAAAUGAGAAAUUUGUGAUAACUUAUAAUGAAUCUACUCAAAUUAUGAAUGUUACAGGUGAGAAAUAGAGGUUAUGUUCUCGUUAAAUUUUUCAAACAGAUCCAAAUUGCAAUGGGACAGUCGCAAUAAUAAAUGGAACUAGUUAUUGUUAUCUCUUCCUAUGGGCUUACUGUGGGUACUUACCAUGUGGUUUAUCUAAAGUUGGUUUUGAUCCACAUUAUCAAGGUACGAUUGAGAAUUUAGAGCAGAAAGAAACAAUUUUCUUCAGGAAAAGGAUACAUUGCUAGUAAUCCAUUCGAUCUUCGUCUCACAAGACUACGAUUCCAGAAUCUCUUGAGAUCAGAGAACAACACAUUAGGAAUGUUGAUUAUGGAUGGCAAAAGAAAUGAAAAUUGUCAACGGGCUGAUAAAAUAGGCCUUCCGGAAUGCAAAUUUCCGAAUGGUUUUGAUUUUGUUCACAAAGAAAACCCGAUGUUGAAUUCAUAUGCAUUCGUGGAUCAACCAUCGAUUGCAACAAAUAAAUUGUGUGUUGCAAUGUUUUUGAAUUUGAAUGAUCCAGAUAUGGAUAUGAAGAUGGAUUAUGUUAGGUUAGUUGGAACACUUGCAAAUUUCCACAUGUUUUCUGAUUCUUCCAGAUGUGAUUACUAUUGGGAAGGUGAUUAUUGGGGUAAAAUGGCAAUUGGUUAUAUUCCAAACAAUGUUCAAAUACCUGCUUUUACAAAGGCUGAAUAUGAUAUUCAAAGUGAUUUUUGA